AUGACGGGCCGUGGACACCACUACUUGAGGCAGUGGCGUCAGAGAGAGGAAGAGAGUGAGUGGGCUGCUAUAGCUGUUGGGCUAAAGGAGAAGCAGCAUGAGAAGAGGUGUGAUCUGGGCCCGUUUGUCCGUUCUCCAUUGCCGCUUUUCGUUGUCGCUGCCCGUUGUUGUAGGCCUGUAGCCUCUGUCCGUUCUCCAUUGCCUCUUUUCAUUGUCGCUGCCCGUUGUUGUAGGCCUGUAGCCUUUGAUGAAUCCUUUGAUGUGUCACGCAAGGAGAAAAUAGCUAUUGUAUUUCGGUAUAUUGAUAAAAAGGGAUUUGUGAUGGAGCGACUUAUUGACAUUGGUCAUGUUCAAGAUACUAGUGCUUCAUCUCUAAAGGAGGCAAUUGUUAAUUUACUUGCUCAACAUUCUUUGAGUCCAUCAAGUGUGCGUGGACAAUGUUAUGAUGGGGCAAGCAAUAUGGAAGUCUUUUGCAAUAUUAUUGAUUGGCAACUUCAAGAACUUAGUGAUCGUUUUAAUGAGGUGACUACCGAUUUGCUCCAUGGAAUUGCUUGCUUAAAUCCAAUUAACUCAUUUUCAAGUUUUGACAUCAAAAAAGUAAUGAGAAUGGCGAAAUUAUAUCCGGAUGACUUUGAUGAAUCUAAUAUGAGUGUUCUUGAGAAUCAACUUGCAAGUUAUGUUGUUAAUGUUCGUGAUAUUGAUGAAAGGUUCUCCGAUCUAAAUGGGCUUUAUGAUCUUUCCAAAAGAUUAAUUCAGACAAAGAAACAUUCUACUUAUCCUUUGGUAUUCCUCUUAGUGAAACUUGCUCUACUUCUACCAGUUGCCACUGCCUUCGUUGAAAGAGCUUUUUUGACAAUGAAGUUUAUCAAGAAUGACUUGCGGAGCCAAAUGAGUGAUGAUUUUUUUAGUGGUUGUUUAUUUCCUUAUUUAGAAAAAGAUGUAUUUGAUAGCAUUUCUAAUGAUGCUAUUAUUAAGACAUUUCAAGAUAUGAAACCUCGUAGAAUACAAUUGUAA